AUGUUUCAGCGACGUCUGUUCCUUGCAUCACCGUCGUUGUCUUCAUCGUCACCCGCGGCGUUGGUGCCAUCCACAUGGAAGACGGCCCCGUCCGGAUGGUUCCUCGUUCCCCACUCGACGGUGGAGGCACAAAAGGAAUUAAGCGUCGCAAAACUAUUCUCCUUCUUAAACCACGGUGCCCAGUACGCCUUUCUCGGACAGACGAUGGCGCUUGCCGAGGAAAUACAUUGCAUCCCACGCCUGGAGUGGUUUUACACGGAACUGUACUUUUUGCUUCCCCCCACUCCCGCCGCUGAACUAUUAGCGUGUUACAUGAAUGACCAGGAACGUCUCCGGUGCGGGCUACGCAAUCAAACAUGUGGGACGAGUGCAUCGGGAAUUCAGUGGAGUGAAGAGUUGCAUCGACGAGUAGAGGAACGAGCUAUAGAGGAUUUUUGUUGGGUUCUGACGGCAGAUCAGAGGAAAACGGAAAAGUUUCUGCAGGAGACGUACAUUCAGUGGCACCACCGGGCGGAUUAUUUAGUCACACGAAAGAGUCGGGAGAAGAAAGAGUUUCGUCAGGAUUUAACACUUCAACAGGUUAUACAGGAGGGCCAAGAACGAAAAAGACGAAUGCAGCAAAGACGAUUGCGGACAGAGCAGCGUCAAGAGGAUAUUGCGUCAGGAAAGGCAACCAAAUGGGACAACUUCACCCACGAUGUGCUCCCAAGAGAUAUUCGUGAGGCGCUCGAUCGCGAGGGCGAUGGCAUGGAAGAUGUGCGCCUUGCUCGGGCCGGGAGCGCAACAGGAGGGUGGAGCCGUAGCUACCGCACACAUCCAAACUUUCGUUAG